GCAUUUCAAAUCCGAUACUGUCUAUACAAUUUUAAUAGUUGGGAAUUAUUUUUUUCUUUUUUUAUAAAUUUUUUUUGUCCAAUUCCAUAUAGGACACUAAAAAUAAAUAGUAUAUUACACUUAGAAGCCUUUUGAUUGUCAAUUGCGGGUCUAAGAUUUUUUUUUUUUUUUUUGCAACUGUUUGAAAUGAAGAAGCAUUCCAUAGCUUUUACACAGGAUGCUAGGGGAUUUUGAUUUUUUUCCGAUGCUAUAAAUCUGGAACAAGUACACUCGGCAAAAGCAUUCCACAAAGAGAGACACAUCCCACAAAGAGAGAUAUAGAGAUAGAGAUAGAGAUAGAGCUAGAGAGAGAAUGGGUUACAUUGCUAUGUUAGAGAGGCCUCAUGCAGUUUGCAUACCAUACCCAGCUCAAGGCCACAUAAACCCCAUGCUCAAACUAGCAAAACUACUCCAUUUCAAAGGCUUUCACAUGACCUUUGUCAACACAGAGUUCAACCAUCAACGCCUCUUGAAAUCCCGAGGACCCGACUCUCUCAACGGCCUCUCUUCAUUUCGAUUCGAAACCAUUCCGGACGGCCUUCCUCCCUCGGAUGCCAAUGCCACCCAAGACAUUCCCUCCCUGUGUGCCUCCACCUCAAAACACGGCUUAGCUCAAUUCAGAGACCUCCUCUCAAAACUCAACAACACCACUUUGUCCAACGUACCCCCAGUCUCUUGCAUAGUUUCUGAUGGAGCCAUGGCCUUCACUGUCGAAGCUGCCGAAGAACUAGGCAUCCCUGAAGUCAUCUUCUGGACAACAAGUGCUUGUGGCUUCAUGGGUUAUGCGCAGUAUCCUGCUCUUAUUGAAAAAGGUUUCGCUGGAUUCAAAGGUACGAGUUUGGAUGCGGUAAUAGAUUGGAUACCAGGCAUGAAAGGUAUACGUUUGAAGGAUAUCCCAAGUUUCAUUAGAACCACAGACCCUGAUGAAUUUGUGAUUAAGUAUCUCAUAGAUGAAGUUGAGAGAUCUAAAAGAGCUAGUGCAAUGAUUUUCAACACGUUUGAAGAACUUGAGCAUGACGUUGUGGAUGGACUUUCAUCCAUGUUUCCUCCAAUUUACACAAUUGGACCUCUACAUUUACUCAUCAACCACGUUGACAAUGAUGAUUUGAAGCUUAUAGGAUCGAAUUUAUGGAAAGAAGAGGCAGAAUGUCUUUCGUGGCUCGACACGAAAGAACCCAACUCUGUUGUUUACGUAAAUUUUGGAAGCAUUGCUGUCAUGACACCCAACCAACUGGUUGAGUUUGCUUGGGGACUUGCUAAUAGCAACCAGACCUUUUUGUGGGUGAUAAGGCCUGACCUUGUCUCGGGGGAUUCGGCUAUCCUUCCACCGGAAUUCUUGUCCAUCACCAAAGAAAGGGGCUUAUUAGCAAGUUGGUGUCCACAGGAGCAAGUUCUAACCCACCCGUCCAUUGGAGGGUUCUUAACUCACAAUGGGUGGAAUUCAACUCUUGAAAGCAUCAGUUAUGGAGUGCCGAUGAUCUGUUGGCCAUUUUUUGCAGAGCAACAGACCAACUGUUGGUUCUGCUGCAAUGAAUGGGGCAUAGGGAUGGAGAUAGAUAGUGAUGCGAAGAGAGAUGAAGUUGAGAUUCUUGUUAAUGAGUUGAUGGUUGGAGACAACGGAAAAGAGAUGAAGAAAAAGGCAAUGGAGUGGAAGAAAUUGGCAGAAGAGGCAAGUACAAGUUCAGCUGGGUCAUCUUACAUGAAUCUACAGAAAAUGAUCGACCAAGUGCUUCUCUCUCGGAAAAAUUGAACUAAUAUUAAUUAGUAGUUGCUCUUGUUUUUCAUUUAAUUUGAACCAUAUUGAUAAUAAAACAACAUCUAUAUCGAACAAUUGCGGGAAAAGACAAUUGUUCAAACAUUAUUUCAACAGUGAUUUUCAAUAAUAAUCUAGAUUGUUUAGAUUGUUAUUUGUGUACUUUUGUAUUUUCUUUUAUAAAGUUGUAGAAUAAGAGAAGCUCCAAUGGAAUCCUGUUUAGCAAUUAUGGGCCGGAUUUGGCCACCCAAUAUGCUCCAAUGGGGUCAACAUAUUAUGGACCAAUUUUGUGGCAAUCCAAAUGGGUCAUCAUUUUUUGCGACUUAUGAUUGUGGGCGUGAUUUCAUUACUUUUGUUUUGUGUUUUGAAACAGACCCAAGCAUUGUAGCAGAGGUCCGUUUGGCAUAAAAAAACAUUCCCAAAAAUAAGUUUCGUUUUUUUUUUUUUGUUCCUUUUUUUUUUUUUUUUUUUUUUUUUUUUUUUUUCUUUCUUUCUUUUUUGACCUUUGGUGCUUUUUCUCCCAUCAAGAACACUGAAGCAAAGGCUGGCACAAAUAGUGUCUUAAAGAAUUUUUUUGGGGCAGAGAAACGUACAAAUCAAUUUAAAUUUAAAUUUUUUACUUUACUAGUACUGCUAUUAUAGUCAUUGAGGCAUUGUUUGGUUAACACAAAUAGUCCCUUAACAUUCUAUUGCCUCAGCAAAAUUAUUUUUCUAAUUUUUUUCCUUAAAAAAUAAUUUUUUUUUUAUCUUUUAAAAAAAAUUGUCUUUUUUUUUUUCACCUCUAUAAUAAUAAAUACAUCAAUCCAUAAUGAAUAUUGUAUUAUUUAAUUUUUUAAAUAAAUACUAAUAUACUAAAUUGAAUUAUUUACAAAAAUAUAUCCAUUUGGUUGAAAAGUAUUACCGUUGAUAAAUAGUACA